AUGAAUAUCACAACGCCUAUCAUUGUGUCAUUUAUUGGGCUAUUCCCGUCAGUUUUCACAUGCGUGGUGAAUUUAUUUUCGUUGAAAAAAAUUGACAGAAAGAAAAAUGACUUGGUUCUCUUCAAGAUUCGAUUUUUCUUGGAUGUAGUUCUUGGUGCAUCGGUUGUUGCUCACUUAGGCUUUGUGCUUAUUUUAGCAACCUUUCAUGAAGAGCUCAUCCCUUGGAAAAAUGUAAUCUUGUACCUAUCACUGUUUUCCUGGAAUAUCGGAUCCGCAAGAUCAGUGACCGUUUUGGCAAUUUCUGUGGAAAGGGUAGUGGCCGUCUUUGCGCCUAUAUCGUAUCACAACUACCGGCCGUAUUUUCCAACGUUUUUGAUUCCCAUUGCUGCGAUCAGUUUUGGAGCAUCUGACAUAUUCAUUCUCUUCGGAAUCUGUGAGUACGAGAUCGACGUUCCGGAAGGGUGUGCUGCUCUGGGAUGUUGCAUUAAUGCAUGUUUUACUAAAUAUUAUAGCAUUAAUAAAGGGAUAACCUACAUAUCAACUUUCACAUUCACUCUACUACUAUCCACUAAACUACUUUAUCUCAAAAACUACAACGCUGAAAAGAAAAGCUUAUCCAGGGCGAAUAUCUUAACCCUUAUCGACGCCGCCAACGUGAUUAUUUUUGAUUUUUCACCAGUUUUGAUAUCAUUUCUGUUCCAGCAGUGGUUUUCACUACAAGAUUUCGGACCCAUCGGGGUGGUGUCAAAAAUGUGGGGCUGUGCUACAGAGGCCCUACUGGUUUUUGGGACAUUCAGAAAGCCGAGCGGAAAGAAAACGAGCAAUGUCACCGUUAUCUAA